AUGUACAAUCGAAUCAAGGUCUACUCGACUGGAAGGCUCUCUGAGCCGUUUUUGCCACCAGGAGUAUCAGAUAGCCUUAUGGAGGCCUUUGCCGAAGUCCUAGCCGUGCCCUUACCAUCAGAGAGCGAAGCCGUUCAGCAAACGGAUUACGUCACUUACUACCUGUCACUCCUCAAUGGUGACUCCGAAACCCGCGAAGCCCACCAAGGGACCCCGGAGAAAACCAUCACCCUCCUUGAAUCUCGGGGACUCGUGGCAUCAUUCGGUACCACGGGAUUGCGUACCUGGGAGGCCGCUCUCCACCUAGGCCAAUGGCUCUGCACCGUGCCAGAAAUCAUCAAGGGAAAGCGCAUUCUCGAGUUGGGCGCGGGCACGGGCUACAUCUCGGUCCUUUGCGCCAAGCACCUCGGCGCCGCCAGAGUCCUCGCUUCCGACGGUUCUGAGGAGGUCGUCGCAGGCCUUGCCGACGCCAGCUUCCUCAACGGCCUCCAAGGCUCCGACAAGUUCGCCAUCACGGAGCUGUUCUGGGGCCGCGCCCUACUCGGCACCGAGGAAGCCGAGUGGAACGGCGGCGAGGCGAUCGAUGUCGUCUUGGGGUCGGACAUCACCUACGAUCCUCGCUCGCAGCCGGCGCUUGUGGGUACCUUGGGAGAGCUGUUCGACAUGUUCCCUGGCGUCAGGGUCAUUCUUAGCACCGCGGAGAGAAACGCGGAGACGCUGAGCAGUAUGCUGGACGUGUGUAAGUCCCAGGGAUUAUUGGUGGACUUUAUCGAGUACCCCGCGCCAGCAGCCGUGGAGCAGCAAGGCCCCUUUUAUCCUACAGGCGUUCCGAUUCAUAUUGUCGAGAUUCGAAAACCUUCCACUGGGUACGAGCUUCCCUACGAUAUCACCCGCCGCAUCUACUUCCACACUACCCAGGAUAUCCUCUGGCCAUGCGAUGCGCCCAAAGUCGGGCGGGUUCCUCAUGUCGCUCAGGUGAACAUGGCCUCCCCUACCGCCGCCACCUGCUCCGCCCUGGGCGCUCGCUCCGCCAGCUCCGCCGUCGCCCGUCAGCUUCUUUGCGCGGCGGCGCUGGUGCUGGAAGACCCCGAGGCCGAACGAGGAGCCCCGGGACCCGCAAAGGCUCGAGCCUGGGCUUGGAGAUCUGGGACCGAGCUGGGUGCUUCCGCAGUUGCCACCACACAGCUUAACCCUCAACUCGUCGAGCCUGGCGGAGCUCGCCUCUUUUAUUGGGCGCCACUGCGGCUCGGCUGGCGCGAACAAGGUCUCGCCGAAAAGGUGCUCGAAGAGGUGGCGCGUAGCUGGAAGAAUCGCAAUGGCGGGGUCAUCGUCGACGGCGCGAGCCCGGAGCUCAAGGAGAUCCUGACCACGCUAGAGGCGGGCAUGAGUGGCGGCAAGGUCAUAUCUGGUGGCAAGGGCUUAAGUCGGCAGAAUAGUUUGAUGCUGGAGUCUAGCCAAGAUUCUGACUUGACAAACGUGCGCAUGGGCCUACCGCCGGGUAGGACGUUGACGAGAGGCGACAGCCAGGCAAGCCUCGGGGUUUCGAGUCUGGCCGUUGAUGACGAGAUUGAUGAUGAGGCAUUGAACGACGUGAGAAAGUGGCUCAAAGUGUUAAAUGCUCACGAACAACCUCGGCUUGUCUACAACGUUAGCAAGAAACACUUUGAAAGCGAACGACGCAAACAGGGAUACUACGAAACCCUCAAUCAUGCCUUCUGCCCCACGAAAACCCUCGCUUUCAAAAACCGCUUCAACGUCGUCCACCAACGCCUCCUCCGCCACGAAUCCUUCCACACAUCCAGCGUCGCGACCGCGCGAAACUCUACUAAGCGGCGUGGUCCUGGCGCCGGACAGGCCCUCAAGAUCACGCAGAUCGCCAACAUGCUGGGCCGGCACGGAACGCAGCAAAUGCUUUUGGGCAUGCUCGUCAUCCUGCCGGCGGGCGAGCUGGCCAUUAGCGACCUGACGGGCACGAUAACGCUGGACCUGUCGCGCGCGAUUGACUACCCGGAAAAUUCGGCGUGGUUCACCCCGAGCAUGAUUGUACUGGUGGACGGCAUCUACGAGGAGGAGGACGAGGAGACGGGGAAGGGCCUCGGCGGCACGAGAGGUGUCGGUGGCGUGCUCGGCGGCAAGUUUAUCGCCUCCUUUAUCGGCCACUUGUCCGAGCGCGCGGUAGGCCAAAAGAUGAGGCGGGUGGAGGAGCGCCUCCUGCGGCGGCUCACCGAGGACGAGGCGGCUGAUCGGUCGCGCAUGGUCGUGCUCGGGGAGCUGAACCUCGAUAACCCGCGGACGCUGCCGGCGCUACGCAAGAUCCUCGCGCUUUACGCGGCCGAAGACCAGGCGGCGGCGCCCUUGACUUUCAUCCUCAUGGGCAACUUUGUCUCGCAGCCCGUCAUGGCGAGGGGCCGCGGCAGGGGCAGCGUCGAGUACAAGGAGUACUUUGACGAGCUGGGGACCGUCCUGGCCGAGUUUCCGACCCUCGUCAAGGACUCCACCUUUGUGUUCGUGCCUGGCGAUAACGACGCCACAGGAGACGAUGCCUCCAGGGCGAACCCGGAAGCGGUAUGGGCUUCCAACCCCAGCCGGCUAUCGCUCUUCGGCCCCAACCACGAGCUCGUCCUCUUCCGAGACGACGUGCUCGGCCGCCUGCAACGGAACGCCGUGUCCGUGGGCGCCUCGCGCCACGAGGCGCAGCAAGACGGCGAAGACGUCGUUAUGACGCCCGUGGCAGACAACGAUGAUGACGGGAACAGCGGCUCGGAGAACGGCGAUGCGGGCGUGGACGCGGGCGAGGCGCAACGCGUGGCGCAGGCGAGCCUCCGCACCGCGCAGCGGCUCGUCAAGACGGUCCUCGAUCAGGGCUACCUCUCGCCCUUCCAGCCGAGCAUCCGCCCCGUGCACUGGGACUACUCGUGGGCGCUACACUUGUACCCGCUCCCCUCGGCCAUGGUGCUCAUGGAUGCGACGGCCCCCGCCUUCUGCGUGACGUACGGGCGGUGUCACGUCAUGAACCCGGGCUCGGUGCUGGUGCCGGAUAAGAGGGGUGUGGCGAGGUGGAUUGAGUACAAGAUUGGGUCGUUGGGACGGCAAGGAAGGCUAUACCAACACAUCGAUGAUAUUGAAACACUAAACGAGAUUGACAGCCUGGCUAAGACUGAGAGACUAUCAAGGAAUCCCUAG